AGCAUGAAGAAACUUACUGGAACGUUUCGCAACACGCAAUGGGACCCGUACCUGCUCAUCACCCAGAUCGUAGCGAUGCAGGCCCUGCUGUACGUUAGCCUCGGGACGAUCAUGUACGUGAUGGAUUUUUUCGCCGAAGCUAACCAUACGCUGGAUCACAUAUUCGAGUAUCAUGAAAUACACGUAACCGAUCUCGGUGGUCGAUUGGUUAUCGUGGCCUUCAUACUCAACUCCCUAGUCGGUGCGGGGCUGCUGUGGUUCAUCGUGAGGCGGACGAAGCUGUGCUUAGAUUUUAGCUUUACCUUCCACUUUACGCACCUGGUGAUAUGCUGGUGGUACAACGAGGCCUUCCCAUCGACGAUCGGCUGGUGGAUGCUGAAUGCCGUCUGUACCGCGCUCAUGUGCGUGUGCAGCGAGUUUCUCUGCCUGAAGACGGAACUGAAGGAAAUACCCGUCGGCUACACGGCACUCAACCAGAAGGUUGAUUUGUGA